AUGCCAUCUGCUAUUCCUACGCCGCGCACCCUUUACGACAAGAUUUGGGAUGAUCAUGUCGUUGACCUGAAGGAGGAUGGACUGGCGCUAAUUUAUAUCGAUCGUCAUCUUGUUCACGAAGUUACGAGCCCACAAGCAUUCGAGGGACUACGAAAUGCAGGACGUUCAGUUCGUCGCCCUGAUUGUACCCUGGCCACAGUCGACCACAACGUUCCAACUGCCUCGCGAAAGAAUUUUACAUCAGUCGAGAGUUUUAUUGCGGAACCGGACUCGCGCGCGCAGUGCGCUGCCUUGGAAGACAACGUGAAAGAAUUUGGGUUGACAUAUUUUGGGAUGAAAGACCGAAGACAAGGCAUCGUUCAUGUUAUUGGACCCGAACAAGGCUUCACUCUCCCUGGUAUUACUUGUGUAUGCGGUGAUUCUCACACUUCAACACAUGGGGCUUUUGGUUCGCUUGCAUUCGGUAUCGGUACAUCGGAGGUCGAGCAUGUUUUGGCCACACAAACGUUGUUGCAGAAGAAAGGGAAGAACAUGCGAAUUACUGUCGAUGGUGAACUGCAUGAAGGGGUUACGUCCAAGGAUGUCAUUCUCCAUAUCAUUGGAGUCAUUGGGACCGCAGGUGGGACAGGUUGCGUCAUUGAGUACGCGGGUUCAGUCUUCCGCGGCUUUAGCAUGGAGGCGCGCAUGAGCGUUUGUAAUAUGAGUAUCGAGGCUGGUGCCCGUGCGGGAAUGAUCGCUCCCGACGAUGUCACCUUCAAUUAUCUUCGCAAUCGCCCCCUUGCUCCGAAAGGAGAUGAGUGGGAUCACGCAGUAACGUACUGGAGAUCUCUCAAAACCGACGAAGGCGCCAGGUUUGACAUUGAAGUUAACAUCCCCGCAUCCGACAUCAUUCCUACCGUUACGUGGGGCACAUCUCCGCAAGAUGUUGUCCCAAUCACUGGCUCUGUCCCCGAUCCUAGUAAAAUGUCUGAUUCCGUGAAGCGCGCUUCGGCAGAGCGUUCCUUGGCGUAUAUGGGACUCACGGCUAAUACACCCAUGGAAGAGAUCAAGGUUGACAAAGUCUUCAUUGGUUCAUGUACGAACAGUCGUAUUGAAGAUCUUCGAUCUGCCGCCAAAAUCGUACUGGCUGCUGGGCCUGAUGCUAAAGUUGCCCCUGGCGUCAUUGCCAUGAUUGUUCCAGGCUCUGGCCUUAUCAAGCAACACGCGGAGGCGGAGGGGCUGGACGUCGUUUUUAAACGUGCAGGAUUUGACUGGCGUGAAGCUGGAUGUUCAAUGUGUUUAGGCAUGAAUCCCGACCAGUUAGCUCCGGGCGAGCGGUGUGCUAGCACAAGCAACCGCAAUUUCGAAGGCCGACAAGGUGCUGGUGGUCGCACCCAUCUACUCAGCCCAGCUAUGGCUGCUGCCGCUGCGAUCACAGGGAAAUUGACGGAUGACGAGCCCCAAGCAUCACCUUCACCGGCAGCGAAACAGUCAUCCGACGGCACCACUUCCGCCUUGCCUGCCGUAACUUCGCCCUCUUCUGUCGAGAAAUUCGUCAUUUUGAGGGGCAUCGCGGCCCCACUUCAUAUCGAGAAUGUCGACACUGACAUGAUUAUUCCAAAGCAGUUCCUCAAAACCCUCAAGAGGACUGGUCUUGCCGAAGCUCUGUUCUACACGUUGCGUAAAGAUCCACAUACGGGCAAAGACACCAAUUUCAUCUUGAAUCGCGUCCCUUACGACCAAUCGAAGAUUCUUGUUUCCACUGGAAAGAACUUUGGGUGUGGAAGCUCGCGUGAGCAUGCACCAUGGAGCCUAAACGACUUUGGAAUUCGUUGUGUCAUCGCCCCAAGCUUCGCCGACAUCUUCAAAAACAAUGCGAUGCAGAAUGGGAUGUUGCCUGUUGCAGUUUCGGAGGAAGACUGUCGUGUGCUGGCUAAGGAUGCGGAAGCAGGACUAGAGUUAGAGGUUGAUCUUGAAGCGGAGGAAAUACGUCGUCCAAACGACCAACCAUCAGUCAAGUUCACGACUGAUCCUUUCCGACGGCAUUGUUUGUUGAACGGGCUGGAUGAUAUUGCGCUGACGAUGCAGCAAAGGGGGUCGAUCGAGAGUUUUGAGAAGACGAGGAGUGAGCUGUGGCCAUGGCUAGAUGGGUUUGGAUAUCAAGGCAAGAUUCCUAUUGGAGCUGCAAAGCGAAUAAAGAAGACAGAUUGGUGAUAGCCAAGUAAUAUUUACAUAACAUGUUUUCACGGCAUUUUCCGAUAUUACUCAACACUUGUUACCAACAUC